AUGAGCGUCCGGCCGAUCAGCGACGACCGGUUUGCAGUUGUCAUCAAGAAGAACACAUCUCAAGAUACCGAAAGCUUCGGCUUUGCUAUGCUGACCAGCACCUUGAUCGGCGUCAGCAGUUGUGUGGCCUUCUACUUCUUGCGGCAGCGGUAUCCGAUGGUCUACGAGGGCAGCACCUCGUCAAAGGGCGAACUGCCGGCUCAAGCUUUCGGCUUCUUCGGGUGGCUUCGAACCAGUGUCUCCUACAGGUUUGACGACGUCAUUGAUCACGUUGGAAUGGACCAAAUCAUGCUGCUGGAGUUUACCCAUCUGAGCAUGAAGGUGAUGUUUGGCAUCGGCAUUCCAGCUUUGAUGGUGCUGGCGCCCCUGCACGCGCGCUCCGGCGGCUCAGACGACGACCUGAGCCGGAUCGGUUUGAGCAACCUCGAUGCAGAAACCUGGAUACUUUGGGUCCAUGCCGCCUUCGUUUGGUAUGUGGUGCUGCUUGUGCUAUGCCUGGUGUACCGCGCGCAGCAUCGAAAGUUCCGGCCCAGACGGAGUCGCUGGCUCUCCAAUAUGCCAGAGGCAAGAGCCACCACACGGCUGGUGGAAGGCAUCCCUGAGCAACUCCGCACCGACGCUGCCAUGGCGAGGUUCUUCGAUCAGAUCUUCGGGCAGCCUGUGGUCAAGGACGUCGUCUUCGUGCGGGACACGUCCUCGCUGCUGCCGCUCAUCGAGGCACGAGACAUGCUGUCGGAAGAGCUGGCGCAGGUCGGUUUGCAAUAUGCUGCCUCACACGAAGCUGGCGAGGCAGCAUCGCCUCGACGAUUGCAAACCUUGGAGAGGCGAUACAACCGGUCCUCGGCUGCCGCCGAGGAGAUGGCCACCAGGGUGUUCAGUUGCCAGUCUUUCGCGAGCGAUGCGGCUUUUGUAACCUUCCGCGACCGCCGCCAUGCCGAGUUUGCGAGAGGUCUGCGAUACAGUGAAAGUCGCGGCCACUUCGCGGUCUCCUUGGCUCCGGAGCCAUUCGAUGUGCACUUCGCCUCAUUCACGCGCUCGUCGGCCAGUGUCGCAAAAGGCAGUGCGCUCAUUGGGCGCUUGCUAGUGGCUUGCGUGUUUUUCUUUUUCCUGCCGGUCGUGAUUGGUAUUUCGUCCUUGCUGAGCGUAGAUUCCCUGACGCACCUGGUGCCGAAGCUCGAGGUCUGGUCCAGGGAGUACCAGUACAUCACCACAGCUUGGGAGGCCCUGUUGGGCACAAGCCUCCUCUCCAUGCUGAUGGACCUUGUGCCCUGGAUGCUCUCGGAGGUCUUUUCGAGGUUUUAUCGCCUACGGUCUGGUUCAAAAGGCCAGCACAAGAUCCAGCGGUGGUACUUCUUCUUCCUGGUGGUGUUCGUGCUGCUGGUCACCGCCGUUGGCACGUCACUCUUCGAAGCAGCAGCGCGCCUGGCACAGGAGCCGCUGAAGGUCUGGUAUCUGCUUGCAGACCAGCUUCCCGACUCCACGAAUUUCUACCUCCGGUAUGCCGUCCUUCUAUGGAGCACUCCCUUCUUCGACCUUGUUCGCUGCUUUCCACUACUCUAUUUCUGGAAGGCCCUGCAG